AUACCCACAGACAUCGUGCUCGAAACGAUCUUCUCGGUACUUCUGCUCUGCGUCGGUGUCGUGCUCAGUAGUCCUGACCUGAAGCCCAUACAAUGGAGUGUAUGGGCUGGAAGCUUAGAGCGCAGUAAAGAGGCGCGAGAGAUUACUGCCGUUGGCGUGGGUGGGGGCAACCCUUUUGCUGUGUUGGAGGAGCGGCCCGGGUUUCUGGAUAUCAGGAAGACGAGGGAUGACUUUGCGAGGUGGAGGAAAGAGGGAGGCGUCAGCGAAAAGUCAUGA